UCUUCCUUAGCACCGCCUUAACCAACCCAACAGACAACUUUACUACCGGAGAACAUUGGAGUAGAGUAGAAAUAAUCUAUUUCAGAAGACAGAGAAAUCGUGUUUCUAUUUAAAUUUGGUACCGCGACCAAUUUACAGUUAAGGAACUGUCUUAUCUGUAUAUUUUAGUAUAGUUUUUUAGGCUGGUAGCUUGUAGCAAGCUAUGAUGGCGUCCAGCUACAGCGCGAAAGAGGAAGACGGGCAUCAUCCCGGAUCCGCAGGGCUCGGCGACACCGCUAUAAGGACCAGAAAGCCCGACAACACGGCGUUCAAACAGCAACGCUUACCCGCCUGGCAGCCCAUCUUAACCGCGGGGACAGUGCUGCCCGCUUUCUUCGUCAUUGGCCUCAUCUUCAUCCCUAUAGGAAUCGGCCUAUACGUGACAUCCAACAAUAUCAAAGAGUUUGAGAUCGAUUAUACUGGGACUGAUAUGUCCAGUCCGUGUUUUAACUGCUCUAUAAACCACAGCUGGAACAACACGACUCCAUGCAAAUGUGUCCUUGCCUUCAGUUUAGACCAGCCUUUCGAUAGUAAUGUCUUCAUGUACUACGGCCUCUCAAAUUUUUACCAAAACCAUCGGCGGUAUGUCAAGUCCAGAGAUGACAGCCAGCUUAACGGAGACGAGGGCUCUCUUAAGGAACCAAGUAAAGAAUGUGAGCCGUACCAUACCAGUGAAAACAAGCCUAUAGCCCCAUGUGGAGCUAUUGCUAACAGCAUGUUUAAUGACACUUUGGAAUUGUAUUACAUUGAUCCCAAUGGAACAAGGAACCCAAUUCCACUAACCAAAAAAGGAAUUGCGUGGUGGACAGACAAGCAUGUCAAGUUCAGAAACCCUGGCAGCAAUAACCCAAAUCUUACAGCUGUUUUUCAAGACACAGCAAAGCCAAUCAACUGGGGCAAACCUGUUUAUGAACUGGACACAGACCCGGAAAACAACGGCUUCAUAAAUGAGGAUUUCAUUGUGUGGAUGCGCACCGCUGCCCUUCCCACCUUCAGAAAGCUCUAUCGCAUCAUUCAGAAGAAAAACAGUAUGACACCCACAUUACCCAGAGGCAAUUAUACUCUGGAGGUCACCUACAACUAUCCGGUCCGCAGCUUCGACGGCAGAAAGCGUGUGAUCCUUAGCACCAUCUCCUGGAUGGGUGGAAAAAACCCCUUCUUGGGCAUCGCGUACAUAACCGUGGGCUCAAUCUGCUUCUUCCUUGGUGUGGUGCUCCUCUUCAUUCAUCACAAAUACGGAAAUCGUAACAACAGCUCUGAUAUUCCUAAUUAAGCUUGCAUGCAUUAUGUCAUGUGGUGGAGAUCCACUGUUUUAACUAAAAUGUCUUGUGUGUCUGAAUAGCAUGCCCAGUGUAUUGCUUUAGAGGUGCAAGAGACCACUUGAUGUUCCGAAUAUUUAUUUUCUCUUAUUUUUGUUUUAUGGGUAUGCAGAUCUGCGUACUUGUUUGCCUAUGAUGUUUCUAUCGUUGAUAUGUCAAUUUAUGGCUGAGGUCAGUCUGCUAUUGAGAGAUACAUCCAUGAGAGAUGCUGUAUAUGUAAAUGAAUGUAUAUUUGUAUUUCAUGGAGAUGCUUUUACUUUUGGCCAAAGUGAUGUUAAAAACAGGGCAACGUAAUAAAUGACUAAUUUUAGCUGUUAAAUUUGCUGUUAUGAAUUUAAUAAUACUUAUGAGAAACUGAUUGCUUAAGUUCUCAUGUCAUUUUCAUAUAUGGGUGACCAAUUUCUUUAAAGUGAUAAUUUUUACUUUAUUUUUGCGAUUCUUCAGCUACCACUUUUUGUAACUUAUAAAUGUCAAUUAAAUUAUAAACUAAACCUUCUUGCAAGAGUGUAAUGACAGGAAAAUUGUGUUCUCAGUAUAGCUUAACAGCUCCAUUAUCAAUCAAUUUCUUUCUGCCACUGGAGAUCAAUUGCAUCUUCACGAGUAAAGAUAAAACGUUUUGUUCUUCA